GACAUCAACUUCCAAGAGCUUCUUUGGUUGCAGUAUUUUCUCUAAUUAAAUUUGAGAUUAAUUAUUUUGGAGCAGCUCCCUCUUCAAUCUCCUUUUUGGAUCUGUGGAAUUCCCAAUGGCGGAGGCUGUGAUUAGCUCAUUACUCCUGAAGAUCGGCGUUAUCAUAGCUAGUGAAGCAACUAAAUCAGCAACAUCACGACUACUAACACGGAUAUCAGCAAUGAAAGAACUCAUGAAGGAUAUAUGUGACAUUAAGGAUGAACUUAAGGGCAUGCAAUCCUUCCUACAGACUGCAGAAAGACUAAAAGAAAAGGAUCAGAGCAUAAAAAUUUUUAUACAACAAACAAGAGACUUGGCUUUCGACAUUGAGGAUAUUAUAGAUAAGUUCACGUACAAGCUGGGUGAGGCGCAAGGAGGGGUUCUACCCACAGCAAUCAAGAGGUGCAUUAAUAUAAAAACCUGGCAUCACCUUAGCAAGAGGCUUAAAGAGAUCAAAAUUAAGCUCCAAAGCAAUAUUGAAAGAAGUAAGCGAUAUGAUACAAGAGGAAUGGAAAAUGAAGCAAGACCUCUAAUAGCUGUUGGCGGUAGCAAAAGCCGUGCAGAAUUAGCACAUUUUGUCGAGGAGGAUGAUAUCGUGGGUUUUGACGAGUACAGGGACUUAUUGCUCAGAUGGUUAAAAGAUGAGGACGAGCAGCAAAGGCAGCACGUGAUAAUCUCAGUGUUUGGGAUGGGUGGUCUAGGGAAGACCACUCUCGUGACUCAUGUGUUCAAUAUCAUCAAAGCUUCCUUUGAUGCUUGUGCCUGGGUUGCUGUAUCUCAAAGUUAUGAGACUCAUGAUUUGCUUAGACAAAUCUUAAAAGAGUUUCAUAGGGAAGAUCGUAAGAAAAGAGAAGUACCUAACAACAUUGAUACCAUGGAUUACACAAGCUUGGUUGAGAAAAGAGAAGCACCUAACAACAUUGAUACCAUGGAUUACAGAAGCUUGGUUGAGACUAUCCGCACUUACUCGCAGGAUAAAAAGUAUGUACUCAUUCUAGAUGAUGUUUGGAGUACUGAUGUAAUGGACAAUAUAAAAUAUGCACUUCUGAAUAGUAAUAGCAAGAGUAGAAUAGUUCUCACAACAAGAAUUCGCAAUGUAGCACUACUAGCUGACGAGUACCGUUUGUUUGAGCUAGAGACACUGAAGGCAAAUGAUUCGUGGGAUCUAUUUUGUAAAAACGUAUUUUGGAAAAGUGCAAACAAGAUUUGCCCGCCACCUUUAGAACAAUGUGGUAAAAAAAUUGUCGAGAAGUGCGGUGGCUUGCCCCUUGCUAUCGUAUCUAUAGCCCGUCUCUUAUCAUUUCGAGAACAAACCGGUUCUGAGUGGGAGAAGGUUUACAAAGAUCUUGAGUGGUAUCUAACUAAGAGCGAAUCAAAGAUCCAUGAAAAAGUAUAUGACAUUUUGAAACUUAGUUUGGACGAUCUUCCCCAUUACCUUCGAAAUUGCUUCUUAUAUUGUUCUAGCUUUCCGGAAAAUUGUCAAAUUGGAAGUUUCAGGCUCAUACAGCUUUGGGUGGCCGAAGGGUUCAUUGAAGAAAGAGCUGAAAGAACGAUGGAGGAAGUGGCCGAGGACUACCUUAACGAACUUGUUCAUCGCUGCCUACUACAAGUGGUUAAGAGGAAUGAAUUCGGUGGAGUUUGUGCAUGUCGAAUGCAUGACAUCAUUCGAGUCCUCGCUCUCUCGGAGUCAAAGGAGUUAAGUUUCUGCAUGGUCUACGAGCAUUCACAGAAAAAAUUGCAGAGUUCCAAAGCACGCCGCUUGUCAAUCAUAUGCAAUAUAACUAAUUAUCGUCCUGAAGACGAAUCUCAUUUGCGUUCAGUACUUGUUUUCAAAAAUUCCAUGAGCUAUGAUUUACUGAAGUCGGUCUUAAGAUCAUCAAAAUUUUUACGUGUCUUGGAACUACAAGGAGCACCAAUCGAGAAACUACCGAGUGAGAUCUGUAACCUAUUCAACCUGCAUUAUCUUAGUUUGAGAGCUACAAAAAUUAAGGAGCUUCCAAGAUCAAUUGGAAAGCUACGAAAUCUGCAAAUGUUAGAUACAUAUGGAAGUGAAAUAGAAAAGCUGCCAAAAGGAAUAACAGAGCUUCAAAAGUUGAGACAUCUAUAUUUGCCCGACAAUAUGGAUAAGAGCAUCAAGGCACCGGUGGGAAUAAGGCGCUUGAAGGACUUGCAGAGUUUGGCAAAUAUUAGUGCAACUGAGGAGAUUGUGCGGAAUGUAAAAGCUUUGAUAGAGUUGCGGGAAUUUGGGAUAAUAGGCGUAAGAACCCAUCACUGUGCAGACUUGUGGAAUAGUAUCACAAAGAUGAACCAUCUUAGCAAAUUAUGUGUCGAAAGUGAAGAUGGGGAAGAAUUACAGCAGUUGGGCAUCCUGCGCCUACCUCUACGAAUUCAAAGAUUAUAUCUGCGUGGUGAAUUAGACAAAACCUCACUCCUUGAGCUUGCCACGUCCUUUGGGUCUCUAACAAACCUAACCAGAUUAACACUUUCAAGGGCAAAAUUGGAUGAAGAUACAUUUCCUUACCUGCAAGCACUGCCCGCGUUGAUGCUUCUUGAACUUUAUAAGGCAUAUGAUGGCAUGAUGUUGCACUUCCAAGCAACAUCAUUCCCGAAGCUAAAGGAAUUGGAAAUAGCACAUUCCCCGAAGCUCAGUCAGGUGGAAAUAGAAAGAGGAGCAAUGGCAAGCCUGAAUGAGCUUCGGCUAUACGGUUGCCCAGAGCUAAAGGAGCUGCCCCACGGCAUCGAGUACCUUACCACCCUUAAGAAUUUAUACAUUGAGUAUCCAGCAGAGGAACUUAUUGAGCUGCUUCGACGAGGAGGAGGAGGAGGAGGAGGAGGAGGAGAAGGCGACCACAGCAAUGACUGGCGCACGAGGGUUCGCCACAUCCCAAAUUUUACUAUUCGGUUCUGACGAGAGGGCAAGGUUGUCGAAGAAAGGAUUCAAUAAUUCCAUAUCAUGUAGGUGAGCUUGUGCACUUUUUGCAAGGCACCGACCGAGCUUGAUGCUUUCAUAUUUUCCGCCUCGGAUCUUCUAAACAAUCCGUCCGUGCGUGCUCGAGGAAAUUUGAAAAUGAUGAUCGAUAUAUGCAGAUGUUAUCUUAUAGCAUGUGUAUUUUAUUUUAUUUUAUUCUCAAUGUAUGUGUGUGUAAAAGUGGAUGCAUCAAAUUAGUUGGUGCAUGCUUUCAGCUACUCGUAUUAUGUAUUUGGAGAAUGCUUUGUACCCUUUUAAAACUUUAUUUAUUUAUGUAUUUGGAGAA